CAGCUCUAGUAAUUUCUCUAGGUCCAUUACACUUGUUCAAAACUUGGAGCUGUAAGUUGAAUGGACCGCGAUUGAGAAGAAUCCCUAUCGGCAAAUAUCCGCCGCCGCAUCCCGUUUUACUGUACUACAAAUAUGGACUUUUUACCGCGGCCUGCCGAUUCUAGAACCUCUCAUCUCGCUGUACCCUUCCUCGACAUUAUACCAUACAAAUUCUGGCAUGUGGCAGGAUUUAGUAUCAGUGGAGUUAUUCCAGGCGCGCAUGAGAUCAAAAUCUCCAGUUUCAUCCCUAGCUAUAACCAGUCAAUAUUCGGACUCACUCGUGAUCGCAGCGCUCUGGACUGCGCAAGAUUAGUCCAGUCGUGGCUUUACUUUGGGCUUAUCCAGGAAUGUGUGGGAGCAGAGCCGUCUAUCGAUCCAUCAAAAUUCACCUACGUAACCUAUGACAACAAAAGGCUCGUCACAUCAACCAAACUUACGAAUUUAAUCAGUGAAAUUACGGACCCAUAUUCAUACACACGAAUGAAACAAAAGCCUCACAGAGAUUCCAUUUGUAGCUCGGCCAGAUCCUACAUUGCUCAGAUCUCAAGUAUUCCCUGUGCAACGCAAGAUCCUCUCCCAGUAGCACUUCUCUCCGCUAGCGUGCUCCUCAGCUCGUUGGAUGGCAAUUACCCACCUUAUUACGUCGAUCAUGAUUGCCACUACUUAGAGCAAGAUUUUCCCCAGACGCAGCUGUUGGCAAGGCACAUGAGCUCAUUGGGAUGGUGCCCGCGCCAUAUUAGUCGGAUAUGCGCGACACAGCCUCCUCAUAUAGCUUACUUUAUUUCUCUACUCCGCCGAUGGGAACGUCCUAGAACUAGCCAUUCCCAUUACUCGGAGAAACGUUGUGUGGCGAGCAAUAUUAACGAAGAAACGUACGAGACGGUCCAUACAACACGAGAUUGUAGGUGCUCUAUGAUAGGCGUGGAUGAAUCGGAUCUCGAGCGCAUUAUUCGACAAGGCAAUAUCCCAAUCGUCAGUGUUGGAAUAGACCAAGAAAAUAAUGACAUCACACUAAAUCUACGAGCCGCCACGGCACCGAAUCAAUAUGCAGCCAUUUCUCACGUUUGGGCUGAUGGGAUCGGUAAUCCGCAAUCGAAUUCGCUCCCUCGGUGCCAGAUUGAAAGACUUUUUAGGCAGAUUUUCGCGUUACCCAGGGUUGGUAGUAGGGGAUCUUUAUUCUAUGAGCAAUCUAGCAAUAAUGGAUCCAAAGCUGACUGGGCUCGAACCAUCCUCAGCAGUUUGCAGCAUACAUCGAGAUCUUUCUGGAUCGAUACACUAUGCAUUCCAACAGGCGAAUCGAGAAAGGACCUCCGUCUCGAUGCUAUCAAUAAAAUGGCCGCCGUCUACGCCGGCGCGAGCCACGUGCUAAUCCUAUAUUACGAACUACAACAGCUCCGACUUAGAGCUCGACCGCUCAUGGAUUCUAUGGGCUACAUCAUUUCCUGUAACUGGAGCUCAAGAAGCUGGACGCAUCAAGAAGGCUCAUUAAGCAACGUGUGCUAUUUCCAGUUCGCAGACGGCACCUUCAAUCCAGUAUCAGCUCACACACUUACACCUACUAGGCUACACGCUAUGUAUCGCAACGUUCUUAAAAUUUCCAAAUCCAUAUCUGCGAAACCAGAUUAUGAAGACCAUUCACCACUGGACCCAGUCCCAGAACAGUUUCAGAGAGACCUCAAGCGUUCCCUUACCCAACUCCUAUCCUCGUACGAGCCUAAGAGACGGGGAAGAGUGCGCUUCUCGGAAGAAAGCUACUAUGAAGCUCUAGUAGGCACAUGGAACACUCUAAUCCACCGGAAUCCCACGAAAGCAGACGAGUUGUACCUAAUUCUCUGCAACUUAGUGGACUUCAAUUCUUACCUCGUAAUGAAGCUCAAUUCGAACGCCAUUCUCUCCAGCUGUCCCACAAUCCCCCUUUCAUUCGUAUUCAAUCGUGGGCCUCGGUAUCGGGAGACUGAACACCAUCCAGAUAGAUGGCUACCCGUCGCUGUGAGCGGGGACUAUCUCAGUCUCAAGCCAUCACUAACUGUCCAUGACCGCUCCUUACAAACCGAUUCAGGAGACCUCCAGCCCAUGCUCCUUUUACCGCUAAUUAGAUUAGACGGCACCCAUUCCAUUAUCACGAAGGGAAAUGUGUUUAUAUGCAAUAUAGAGGCGCACAGAUGCAGUGGUGAUAGAUUCCAAGUCGAUGGAGGUAGCCAUUUUGCAAUGUGUAUACUCCUUGAAAAAGAUAUCAACAAGUUCUACGGGAAGAUUCGAGGUGCUUGCGUCCACAUAACCCGGAGGAAAUGUGGUCGCGCUGGCGAAGUCAAUUUCUCGGAGCAGAUCUCCGUCAUCUACGACUAUCCUAUCACUGCUACACAGCUAUUUCGGCCAGAGUUAGAGGUCAACAGCAACAGAAAGGUGUAUCUAGAUAGAAUGGUCAAGGAAUACGAUCUAGAAAUCGAACGGGGACCCUCCCCUUACCAAUACGCCCUUGCGCGACGCAUAAUUCCUAGCCCGGUCAACCGCCCCAUCAGAUGGCUACCGUUCUACAUUCUGUAUGUUGUGUGGAUUGUCUGCGUCAUUCCUGCCACCUAUAUACUCUCACCGGUCCACGGCUUCGAUCCACGUAUCGAUCUAAUCAUUCUAUACACGGCAUUCAUUUCUACUCCUCUUGGGGAAGCAUUGUUUAUAUAUACCAUCACACAGCUGCCUCAUAGCCCAUCCAACAUUGCAUCUAUACUACUGAUGUGCGUUAAGUAUAUUACACCUGCCAUAUAUCCGAUUUGGUGCACUAUUUUGGAAAGAUCGGUUUACAAGAGUUGGGUCGCUAGUUUUGGUGAAGAUUGGGAUAAGGAACAACAGUCAAUACUGGAAGAAGGGCGGAAAAACCGGGUGCUCCAGCUAUACAAGAAUUUGCAAGCUCGUGAUGAUAACCGAAGGAGAGAAGCAGUCUAAGAAUGGCGGGAUACACAUAUAUUUGGUUUGAUUCAUGAUUAUUCACUUCAUAUUAAGAAAACAAUAACGAGUUAUGUCACUUUACUAGGUCUCGUCAAGGAUAUGGAGUUACGGAUGGGAGAAAACACAUCCUUGGGUCUUGUGGACUUAGAAGUUACAAACAGACAAAACAAAGAGAUUCAAUUAUGAAGACAAAAUAUAAGCAUCACUGAGAUAA